CAGUCAAAUCCUACAAUGCAACAAGAACAGUCAAAUCCUACAAUGCAACAAGAACAGUCAAAUCCUACAAUGCGACAAGAACAGUCAAAUCCUACAAUGCAACAAGAACAGUCAAAUCCUACAAUUCAACAAGAACAGUCAAAUCCUACAAUGCAACAAGAACAGUCAGAUCCUACAAUGCAACAACAACAGUCAAAUCCUACAAUGCAACAACAACAGUCAAAUCCUACAAUGCAACAACAACAGUCAAAUCCUACAAUGCAACAAGAACAGUCAGAUCCUACAAUGCAACAAGAACAGUCAGAUCCUACAAUUCAACAAGAACAUUCAGAUCCUACAAUGCAACAAGAACAGUCAGAUCCUACAAUGCAACAAGAACAGUCAAAUCCUACAAUGCAACAAGAGCGGUUAAAUCAAACAAUGCAAACAUUAGGGAUCACCAAGCGACAAUUGAAACUAGCAGCCGAAAAGUUGAAGAACGGGCAAGUGACGAAAAAUAUCGAGCAGUCGUGGGACAAAAUCAAACAAUACCUAGAAUCAUGGAAAAAAAUCAAAGAAAUAUGGGGUGGGAUCGAUAUACAUGGUAUUCAGUUGGAACAACCGUCGGAAGAUUUCACAAAAUUCAAAAAAUCAUUUGAAAAUUUCAAAGAAUCAUGGGAAAGAAAUGAAGAAUUAAAAUUUGAACAACAUUGGAGAAAAAUUAAAAGCUGGGUACUGAAUGAUAUUCCUAGCCUUCCCUCCUGUCAUUCCUAACCUGAUCGUGGCCAUAACGAUGGUAAAAAAAUUGUGCCAAAAUAAGUGACUAUUUCAAUUUAUCGCAAACAAAAUUUAUGGGGUAGCUGAAAAACAUCAGUUAGUUCGUUUAGUAACUUUUCAGGGGCCGGUUGCAAUUGUAUGAAAGCUGGAUAGCGCUAUCCACCAAACAGUCGUUUCUUCAAUCGCUUUAACAUUGAUUAAAUAGUAAUCUUGUAAUCUUAUAGUAAUCUUGAAUUGUUGCUCCUUUUUAAUAAUUGUUGGUUCCAAGGUGAAAUAUUGUUUGUCAAGCAUUUUAGUUCGAUUGAAAAAAUCACUAUCCGAUGGAUAGCGCUAUUCAGCCUUCGUACAACCCAAAGUUUAGCAUUAUUCUAGAACACAUUCUAUGCAUGAGUUACAACGAACUAUUUGACUAUGCCUCUUGUGACAGCCCUUCACGACAGGUAUA